CGCAAGAACGUCACGUCCGCACUUGAACUUGCAGCUCAGGGGGCUUCGAUGUACCCCCAUCACUCUCUCUUUGCGAAAAAGUCAUGAAGAGCUCCACUCAGCCCGUAGCGCGUUACGCAUCACGCUCUGUGUGACCCACAGCUCGGUUUCUUUUUUUUUCUUUCCCCCAUCUGGAUGACAGAGGCAUCAAUGAAGAUAUUUCAUUUGGACUCUACCUUGUAGAAACGGAUUUCCCAAUGUGAACUCAGCUGAAAAGCCGCCACUAAACAAACCAUGUCUCGCCGCAAGCAAGGCAAACCCCAGCACUUGAGCAAACGGGAGUUUUCGCCUGAGCCUCUGUCAGGUGUUUUACCAGAAGAAGACUCUCAGGACUCCCCCAGGCUGGGAGUGGCUCAGGGCGAGCCCCUAAAAGGGGACCAGGACCUGCUUACCUGUGGCCAGUGCCACUCCCGCUUUCCCCUUGCUGACAUCCUGCUGUUCAUUGAACAUAAACGGAGGCAGUGCCACGGUAGCCUCUGUGUGGACAAACCUUUGGACAGGCCGCCAUCUUCGCCCCUCGCCUCACCCCUCUCCACGUCCUCCUCACACUCACGAACCCAACAUCAGCACCCGAGGAGGGGGCAUCAACCUGUGGAGGUGGCUGUUCAGGUGUCGCCACAGGAUGAGGAUUGUUUAUCUGCACCCUUACAAGGAAUAAUCCCCAAGCAGGAAAAUGUCACAGAUAAAGAUGAGCCCAGCAGUUACACCUGCACGACGUGCAAACAGCCCUUCACCAGUGCCUGGUUCCUGCUCCAGCAUGCCCAGAACACCCAUGGCUUCCGCAUCUAUCUGGAGAGUGAACCCGGCAGCCCUCUUACCCCCCGCGUGGCUGCGGCUCCUGGGAUGGGGGGUGAUUGUGCCUCCUCCCAGCCUCCCCUGCAUGCUGUCCACCUGGCUGAUGGCAGCCCAUACAGCCUACUGAGAAUGCCAGGCUCUGGAUCUGGCCGGGAUUCAGCGUCCACGCCUCGUGAAGGCCGUUAUCCCCGAACUCCCCCUCUGUUCAGCCCACCACCACGCCACCACCUCAGUCCAGAUGACCUGGCCUUGGCAACCCACCAUCCCAGCGCCUUUGACAGAGUGAUGAGGCUGAACUCUGUGCCAUUAGAACCCCCUCAGAGUAUGGACUUCUCUAGACGUCUACGUGAGCUGGCCGGCAAUGCCACUGGAGGCUCCCCGCCUCUCUCCCCCAACAGACCCACCCCUAUGCAACGUCUGCUGCAGCCAUUCCAGCCUGGUUCCAAGGCUCCAUUUUCAGCCACUCCUCCCCUCUCUACUUCUCAGUCUCCCUCGGGCUCACACUCCACACCUAAUCCUGUAUCCAAUACAGUCCAACCAAGCACUCCUCUGAAAGCAAAAUCUUGUGAGUUCUGUGGGAAGACCUUCAAGUUCCAGAGCAACCUUAUUGUACACCGGCGUAGCCACACAGGUGAAAAGCCAUUCAAAUGUCACCUCUGUAACCAUGCAUGCACACAGGCCAGCAAACUAAAACGCCACAUGAAGACGCAUUGUCAGAACAAGUCUUCUGCACUCAAUGCCAAGUCGGACGAUGGCCUCUCGACUGCCAGCUCACCUGAACCUGGUACCAGUGAGCUGAUGGGCAGCGCCACAGAUGCUCUAAAGUCAGUGGUGGCUAAGUUCCAGAGUGACAACAACGGCCUUUUGCCUGAAAAUGGAGAAGAUGAGGAUGAGGAGGAGGAGGAGGAGGAGGAGGAGGAAGAAGAGGAGGAAGAAGAUGAGGAAGAAGAAGAGGAGGAGGAAGGAGAGGAGGAGGAAAUUGAAAGUAAGGCAGGAGUUAAAGGAGAGAGAGGGGAUGACUAUCGUUUUAGUCUUCGACUAGAAGGGGCCCGCCACCACCAGAACAGCGAGGCCCUCCACCCGCACCGUCGGAGCAUGUCCCGGGAACCUGUUGAUGAUGACUCAGCUGUGGAGUUAGACCGGGCAGAAGAUGGAACCACCACUACCAUUAAUGGUCUGGGACCUUUAUCCAAUGACAGCCUGUCCAGGAAGCUGUUAGGUGGGAGGGUUAGUCCUGGCUCCAUCAGCCCCCUGUCCAAACGAAUAAAGGUGGAAAAGGACCUUGACCCUCCCACACCCACUAUCCCAAACACGGAAAAUGUCUACUCUCAGUGGCUAGCUGGCUACGCUGCCUCCCGGCAACUCAAGGACCCCUUCAUCAGCUUCACAGGUGGGGACUCUAGACAAUCGCCCUUCGCCUCUUCAUCCGAGCACUCGUCAGAAAACGGCAGCUUGCGCUUCUCCACUCCACCUGGGGAGCUUGAUGGUGAGCGGGCCACUUCAGGACGCAGUGGCACCGGCAGUGGGGCCAGCACUCCCCACGGUGGCAGUGGGAAUGGCAGGCCAAGCUCCAAAGAUGGCCGCCGCAGUGACACUUGUGAGUUUUGUGGUAAGGUGUUCAAGAACUGCAGCAACUUGACGGUGCACCGACGCAGUCACACCGGAGAGCGGCCGUACAAAUGUGAGCUGUGCAGCUAUGCGUGUGCUCAGAGCUCAAAACUCACCCGCCAUAUGAAGACCCACGGACAGAUGGGCAAAGACGUGUAUAAAUGUGAAAUCUGCCACAUGCCUUUUAGUGUAUACAGCACUCUAGAGAAACACAUGAAGAAGUGGCACAGUGACCGCCCUCUGGCUAAUGACAUUAAAACUGAGUAGGCAAAGAGCAGCUCUCUCUCAGCUCCCCUGGCUUAAAAGCAACGCUGGCUAACUAGCCGAAAAGUGAGGGGAAAAGACACCAGGGUCAGACACCAGAACACAGUGCAGCCCUGCUCUCAUCCCCUUCUGAAAAAAGCUGGAUGCAUGAUCCAUCAUAGGGCAAUACUAUUGCAUCAAAACUUUUUGAGCCUUUCUAUUGUGCAAUAAUUUACACGUUUUGUAUUUUUUGUAACUGGACAGCAUGCUUGGUGUGUUUUGGCUACGUAGAAAGAAAAUUGUCCUCGGCUGGUGGGUUUGGUUAUACAUGCGUCGCUGUUGAUACUUUUAAUUUCCUCAACAUGAUUAAAAAAAGAAGAAGAAAAAAAAAUUGGUUUGAAAACCCAAGCUGCAUACAGUACAUGCUGUUUUACAUAUCAUGUACAGUUUUGUGUUCAAACAUAACAGACGGUGUCAUAUUGUCAAAACAUCAAGUCAAGCAGGGUCAAAUAUAAAACUGAUCUUUGUGAAAGAUUUUCCAUGCAACAAUGAUAUAGAUAUAUAUAUAAAUUGGACUGCCUAUGAAAUUCUAGGCACUAUAGCGCCAUUAAAUAUUUCUUUUACAAACAACAAUGAAAUUAAUAACAUGGUGUGAAAUGACAACAAAGAGUGCCUUGUAUAUUUUACCUGCAUUAGUUAAUCCUCCUUUUUGCUAUAAGCUUGGAGUUUCAGCUGUAAAAGAUUACAGGACAUUUUUGUGCAUACGUGGAAUAAGCAGGUCCUUGCAUCAAGCACCUGCAUGACCCUGUUGUUUUUGGGCUUAGCAGAGUAUAGGCAACCGGCUGAAACAAAGGUAUAAACAAACAAGAAAAAAAAGGCUUUUAUGUAUAUCUCUGGUAAAUUGUGUAUUUGCCUGACUCAUGCAUAAUGAUAUUUUCACAAUGACAUUUCUGUUUACUGGCAUGCUACAUGCUGAAAAGGGGUGUAGAUUUUUUUUUUAGGUACAACUGAGACGGUACUCCGACGAGUUGUUUAAACCAACAUAAAGCUCUUAAUUUUCCUGAGUGUUUAUUUUCUUUGAAAAUAAAAAGAGAAAGAAAAAAGGUUGCAGGUGUUAUUUUGUAAGUAGCACAGAAUCAUGCUUCUUCUGUGUCAGCCAUGCAGGUGGUAAAUCCAGCCGUCACUUGAAGACCACACAGUGAGAUUUUAGGUGAGGGUUUGGGUAAGUGGGCAUAGGAGCCUAAGGGUAGUUAAGGGUCAACAUGGUGAGCGGGUUUAGCAGGUGUCUCUACAAUUCAAAAUUUAAAGUCCUUAGAGUGAUAUUUCUCUCGAUUUUAGAAACCCUGACAUAAUCUGAAAGCUGUUUUUAUUAAGUCUUAUUACAAACUGCCUAAAAUUAAAAGAUGUAAAUCAUGAAUCUGAAUAUAGCAAAUGACCCCUUACAGACUAGUUUUAAAUAAAAAGCUUCUGGUUUUGUGUACAUGCUCUAGACCUCAUUGUGGUAGCUGUAUUUUUUUUUUAACUCCAUCCCCUGUCAUUGUUGAUUAUAUAGCACUUGUCACUCUGCCUUGGAUUCUGUAUCUGUCUCUCUAAUCGGAGGUACAGUUGGUUGAGUAUAAAAUGAGAACCAGAUUUCAGAUCUGGGACUACCUACGUGCACUGUUCAAUUUUCCCAGUUUACAGUCGGGCGCUCAAGGGAAAACUUGCUCCUAUGCUGACAGAUUAGCGUGGUGUCAUUGCUUUGCAGUAAAAAGAAAAUUAUAUUAAAAAAAAAAAAAAAAAAAAAGAGUUGAACUAGAAACUGUUGCCAGCCAUGUCUCCUUCUGAGAACUAAACAUUAGUUUGGCUCUUGAAGCUAUCAAUGCAGGAAUCGCCAUAGAAACAUCUUGUUUCAAACCAAUUAUAGAAUUAUACUGUUUAGUACAGACAAAUUCUACAAAUUUCAUUUUAAAAGAUAAGUAAAAUGUGUUUUUUAUGUAACACGUCAAUAUCUUAAGGGGAGAUCUUUAUUUAAAUGUUCAUUUUUUUUUUAAUUUUAUUUUGUUUUAUUUUUUUAUUGUUUAUUGUUUAUUCUCUUUUCUGUCUUGGUGCUGUCCAGGACUCGAUCACUAUGUAAUGAACUGUAAUGAACAUGUCUCUCAUCUUUUUUGCCUUUACUAUACACAAGUCUUCAGGUUGAACAAAAAUGUGCAUUGAGGGAGAGAUUUAUGAUAUAUAAAUAUAUAGAGAGAACUUAAAACACAUAGGAAAAUGCACACUUGUAUGUUCCUAUGCUCAAAACACAUUUAUGGUCUACUUUUUUCCUGUAUUUAGAAUGGUAUUUUAAAUUAAUGUUCACUUAGUGUAGGCACUUAUAGUAUUUAUGUUGAAGCCUGUAUUUUUAACUGUUUUGCCUGUACUCUUUAAAGGUUUCAAUGUACUCUUUUUUUCUGUAGUGAAAAAAAAACCCCAACAAGCUGCCACCGUAUAUUUUCUUAAUUUGGCAGGAUAAUAUAGUGUGAAUAAUUUGUAUGCUUGAAAAUAAGUAUGUUUUUUUGAAAAAUAAAAAGCUGUGGUGUGUUCCUCAAAGGGUGAGAGGUCAUAUGAUGGCCUUUUCAGGCAGUCCCGCUGGAGUGACCACGACGAGGUAAAAACAGGUGGUUGUACAUAUCUUUUUAGUUUGUUUUAUAUAUUUUUCUCUCCUGCCAUUUUAUAUGCAGUAAUACAAGCUAUUGUUGGGUUUUCUUGGUAGCCAACUUUUUACUGUUCUUGAUCAUGUACCACCUGAUAACAUUCCAGCUGUUUUUUGAAAAAGACAUUUUGUCAUAUGCAAUCAGAACAACAUCAACCUGGGACAACUUUUUAUUAUUAUUAUAAUUUCAUUGUCAAAAUCAUCCAUGGUGCUUUGUAAUUUCAAUAUGGUACAUCUCAUAUGCAAGGCAUAUUCUUAAGAAAAAAAAAAUAAUGUAAAGAAUUGUUUGGUACAUGUUAUCACGCUGACGGUACUGAGGUCCAUUUAAGCUUUCAGGCAGAUUUCAUCCUGUGUUCUGUACUUAGUCUCAAGCUAUUUGCUCUGAACUGAACUUGAAGUUGACCUAUGGCAUGGGUUGACAUUAUUUAUUACGACUAUACACACAUAUACACACGCACACACACACAUGCUCUGUUCAGAACAGAGUCACAGCAAAUCAAAUCAGUUCAGUUUUCUCCCACCUGAAGAAUUGUGAAGGCUUAAUUUCUCUGUUUGAUGACCAAAGGUCAUUGACCAACACUUAUGAGUUUUUUUUUUUUUAUUUUAUUUUUUGCUCGCUUACAGGUUUGUUGUUAUGUUUCAGUUUUGGAGAUGCCACUCUAUUUUCAGCUGUUGUCUGCAUUAUUCUCUUCACUCAGCCAUUUUGUCUUGAAAAAAAAUAAAAAGUAUUACAUACAUAUCUGAA